AUGACCGACACCGACAGUCUCGCCGAUGCCGAGAGAAGGCAGGCUACGAUCAGGAGUGAGAAGGUAUUUGUCUCAGAGGCUAUUUCUAAGCUGCAUACCAUUGCGCUUCAAGUACCCCGCUUGGCAGGCAACAGCAACGAAUGUGAUGAAAAAAGAGAACUCAAGGCUUUGCUAAGGCAGCUCUACACCGUCAUUUGCAGACUUUCAGAUUACCGGAGAGGCAAGCACUACGCCCCAUUUCCGGAGGAAGACGACAACGAGGACGGAAAAGCUGAGGAGAACAACAACGGGGAGGAUGAUGAAAGUGGCGGCGAAGAGGUUAUUGGGAAUGAUGACGCUGAAGAUGACAGUGACUCCGACUCCGACGAUGAUUACGAAGGUGCAGGCGAUGGCGGCGGCUUCAGCUCAGGCUUCGCGAACAUCCCGGGCGGUUUUGAGCUGGACCAGAUACUGCUCGUAGCCUGGCACGCCGUGCUGGAGCCAGUCGACGCACUGGCAAAGCUUGAUCCUGAUGGCCCCUUCCUCGCCGCCAGGAUGAUCCUCUUCACCCACCACGCCCUUUCCAAAAACAAAGCUCUUCCAAAGAGCCUCGAAGAUGGCGAAGAAAGGUUCCAGCUCCAGGCUGACCUGGGCCAGGAUCUUGACGAGGUCCUUCUCGUUCAGCUACGCAGAGCGUGGGAGCAGGGUGGGCACAAGGAUGAUCUCUCCUGGGCUUCGACGUUCCUCGAAGUUGAUAACUCCAAUAGCGUCUCCAACGAUUACAACCGCGUUGUCAUGUCAGCAUGCUCUUCAUCUGAGUUCUGGGAGGUCCAGAAGCAGGCAGCAAAGUACAGAUUCAAAAACAGGAAGCGGCGGCGGGAGUCGAUGUGGGAUCUUCCAUCCGAACUCCCAUCGACCAACUACGGUCCCAUCGCCAUACCGCUGUUUAACACUAUUAUUGAACUGCUCGGCUGCAUAGUUAGCAGCUCGGGGUACAGGGGUCCGUGCUUGCGACGCUCUCAUUACUUCGUUCAAGACAUACGGCAGAAACUCAAUUCGGCUAUGCCUGAGGAGGUACUUCGCUUAGUGUCUUCGCUUCUCCAUCAACACGUCCCUCUUGAGCUGCAAAUAGCUAUUCUGGAGUACACCAACCCUUCAGGAAGUGCCGAUAUUCAUCCAUAUCUUUCCAGGUUGGAUAUUGGAGCUGCCUACAUCCCGAUCCCAAAGCGGGCAGUUGACGAUGAGGAGUGCGAAAAAUGCAUCCUCGGACAACCCAUCUCGGCUCAAGCCACAUGCCUCAAGCGAAACGUAUACAUUUGGAAUGUGGCCUUGCGGGCCUUCCACACAUUUCACAGGGUACAAGAUGGCCGCGUUUCCAUGUGCAAGCACAAGGGCAUCUGCCAAGGCCACCACUCAAACGAAGAAUGGCGCAUCACAUCGAAGGAAGAUGUUCAGAAGUAUGCCCUCGAUAUCUUCGAAAGCCGGUGCCAUGUUUCCUCACUUCCCACCUCAGCCCAAGACUGGUUCAAGGCGAUGACGACAAUCAACCCGCAUCCCGGUCUCGUGAAAAAGGGUGGACACUGCGGCUUGGUCUUCUCAAUGCUCAACCCAAAAGUGCACAGACAACAUCCAGAUAGGGCAGAUCCGUUCGACUUCGACACCAACAAGCCUGGACAGUGGGCGUAUGGGCGGUCUAUAGAGGAGGAGAAAGAGGUAACUGAGGCUCUAUUCAAAGAUGUCAGAACACACGAGGAAUGGGAGGAGGAGGUGCAAAGCAGCGAUGAUUCGCUUUCGGAAGAAGAUUAG